AUGCCUAAAUCUCAAGCGAAGAAGAAGUCUCCUGCGAAGGGACUUGGUACCUCGAAGCCAAACACAAAAGCAGGAACACCAACCCCGUACGAGUUCAGUGGGCGUGACUCGAUCAACAUCAGCUCGUUUGACCUUGCGCAAGUCCAGGAAUCACUGGAGCAUUCCGAUGUGCCUUCGAUGCGACCGCAGCUCAAGUCGCCCAGACAAUACCCUCGUGACUUGAACCACCCCAUGGACUGGCAGCUUCUACAGCAUGAAUUCUUGAUCUCGCGCCACAAGGCUUUGAGGUCGUCAGGUAAAGCCUCCUGGAACUCUUCGCAACAGUCACUAACACCUCUAGUACAUUCUCAUCCACCCACGUUACCUGCCCUCGAACCAACUCCGAAAGCUCCCGAAACUCUCCCGCUCGAUGAAUCGGCCAGCGAUUCACGUCCCCCGUCGCCAGGCGAAAGCUCCACGGCAUCUACAAAACCCUCAGUCCCAGAAAUCCGCAUAUCCCCUCCCGAAGAAAUGUCCAAAGCCUCCCGUCAGGCACGCCCUCCGAUCGAGGACCCCGCCUACCCCUGGGAAGAAGAAGAGCUUCAGGCUCUGGAGGAUAUGCGAAACGAACAACGUCGCUUGCAUAAAGAAACCCUUGACGCGAUGGGGCAAAUGGCCUACUGGUCCUUCAGAGCGCAACGUGCUGCGAUUCGAGUCAAGAACACAAUGUGUGACCUUAGGAGCUACAUGGACGAGGUUUUGGCUGAGCAGGAGGGAGUUCAAGGCCAUGAGGAGAACGAAUGCACUGUCUUGCCUCUAUCUUUUACGAAGUGA